AUGGAGGAUCCUGAGCGGUGGACCUACGUUCGAGGCAGACGAGGCCGUGCGUCAAGACACCCGGACGAUGAAAGCGUUUCCCUCCCCGGGGGGACCAUCGCGGCCCGAAGCGCAUGUGAAGACGGCGCCGCAGGUCUGCCCGCCGCGUUUUCUCCCGCAAAAGGUGGACAAUGUGGAGAAGCUGUCCCAGGAACAGCCGGCGGAGAAAGGCGCGCACGAGACAGGAGACGCCGGCCGGGACGAAGAAGCGAAAUGCACCCUGAAGAAGUGGAGGCUGCAGUCCAAGAAAAAAUCCUCGAGUGCGCACGCGAGGUCGAGGCCUCCGAGUUCUGGAGCCGGUGUAGAGACGCUCUGGGACGCGCGACCAGAUACCUUCGAGGCGGCACUUCCGAAAACGAGACGUGUGCACCUCCUCGACCUUGUGGCGGCCGUUUCUCCCUCGCAUCUUCUCUUUCUGUUUCGGCCUCUUCUCUGUCUUCUUCGGCUGCGUCCGAACUGUCUGUGACAUCGGCCUCUCUUCCGGCCGUGUCGUGUCCUGGAGUGUUCCCCCCUCUUUCCUCCCCUUCUUCGCCUCCUUCCCAGGGCGUGUCUGAGACGCACGGCGCGUCUGGCUCUGCUUGCAUUGGCACACGCGAGCACAAAACGAGUGUCGUCGGGGAGGAAUCCUUCGAGGAAAAAGACAAAAUCGACAGCGUCGCCUCUAGGCUGCGCGGUGCGUGCACGUUGAUUUGCCUGGGACUCGGCAGCCCGACGGAGUGUAGCGACACCGCGAGCUGCCGGUACCAACUGGCCUUGGCGUUGCUGAUUCAGAAGGCGCUGGGUGUUUCGCCGUCCCGGUCUUUUGUUGCAGAUCCUGCGAUGAAUGCAACAGAUUUCGCCCUCCUCAAAAACAUCGGAUUCUCUCCUCAACCCGUCACCCCUGGUUUGGUCCUCCCGCGAGGCCUGACUACCCUCGCGUUUCCUUGUCCUUGCCGGGCCGCCACCGCUGCCGCACGUUCCGCUUCUCCCGCGUUCGCCUCUGCGACUUCUCCUUCGUCCGUGGCGCCUCUCCGCUCGCCUCCGACUUGUCGUUCUGCCUGUGUCCCCUCCGAUUCGUCUCCGGUUUCACCCGCUCCCUCCUUGUCAUCGGCGGCUCGACCUUCUGUCGGGGAUCCGAGUUCUCCUCUCGCCCUGUCUUCGCCUGGUGCACUCAACGACGACUUCUUCGUCUUUCUUCUGCCGCACUGCGACGCGGAUCUGUACGGCAGCGUCCUGAGCGAAUUUUUCUGCCUCUCACCCUUCUGCGCUUCCUGCCGAGGCCCCGGAUGCCUCGCCUGUCGCCGGUGCAUGCAGCGAUGCCUGGGCGCCUCGCGAGAAGAAAGCGUCAUUGCCCAGAACGACACGGCGGCGACAGGCGAGACACUCCCGAGGGACGCGCAGAGAGAGAACACGGAGGCGAGAGACAAGCAGCACGCGACUGGUCACAAGCCUGUACGCGAUCUCCGGGAAGACGGUCAGUGGGGACAGCGCGAUGGAGAGGAAUCGGAACUUGCCGGAAAUCCUCGAGAGGACGGCGCAGCAGCCGAGGAUGAAGGGCGAAGGAAGGUCCAGCGUCUAGGACAAGCGAAUCUUCGCUCCCGUGCACAAUCUUUCCUCCUUCUCGGGAACGCGUUCUCCUCGUACGCGAUGAGGCGUCUACGCUUCGAGCCGUUCGCCUUCUCGCCAGUCGCCCCCCUAGAAAAGGAUGGUCCUUGCGAGGAGGCUGGGACUCAAGCAAAGGAAGGUGUCUCACCUGCGUCGUCUUCCUCGUCAUCCACUUCAUCUUCUGCUCUUUCCUGGCCUUCUGCUGGUUCGGCGCUGCUGUCUCCGCUUCGCCCCGCCCACGUUGUGUUUUAUUUGCGGGAUCGCCUCCGCGAAUCGCCGCUGGACGGCGCGGCCUUCCCAACGUACCCUCGCGCGUUCAACGACUUGGCCGUGAUGCAUGCAGACCUGGAAAAAUUCCCGUCUUCCUGCUCUGCAUUCUGGGAAACGGUCGAACGCGACCGUUCCAGGGCGGCUCUCGAGAGCGAAAAACCUAAGCAGAGAAAAGCAAAGAGACGGCCAAAGUGCGAGACGCCCCAAGACGGCCUUCCCCACCUUCGCUGCUGA